CUUUAGGUGCCCGUAGUUAGAAUUUCAACAUGGCAGCGAUCAGAAGUGGGGUGACUCCAGUUUGCCUUACGAGAUGUUUGUUUCAACGGACGAGUUUAUCUAACCGAGUUAAGCAUACAUUUCCAGAAGGAUGGAAUCAGAGGUUUAUACAGAGUUCCCAACUUCACAUAGACUGCAGGAGUCCAGCCACCAGAGCCGUCCUUGGUCGGCGACACCAUGGGAGGUUCUUAUUGGUCAGCGCUGUGUCAGUCAGGCACAACAGCACACAGACCCCAAUUGCACCGAUUCCCCCGUCAACUCCAGUUGUGGAAGCAUCCAUUCCUGUUUCCAGCCCGGUCAUCGCAGACCCCACCCCUGUAAUCACACAGCCGAUCUCUGAGUCACUGAUGGAGGCUGCUCCGACAGCCCUGGACGUGCUCCAGGGGCCUGGAGCCGAAGUCAGCCUGGCGGAGCUGGGUCUGGGGUGCGCCACUCCUGUGGGUCUGGUCCAGAACAUGCUGGAGUUCUUCCACGUGGACUUGGGGGUUCCCUGGUGGGGCGCCAUUGUAAUAGGCACAGUGCUGGCUCGAAUGUUGGUGUUCCCAGUGAUCGUGAAAGGCCAGAGGGAGGCGGCGAAGCUGAACAACGUCAUGCCAGAGAUGACCAAACUCACCAGUAAGAUGAACGAAGCCAAACAGAGCGGAAACAAGUUUGACUUUGCCAAGGCCUACGCUGACCUCACAAUGUUCCAGAAGAAGCAUGACGUCAACCCCCUCCGUGGCUUCCUGGUCCCUCUCGCACAGACACCAGUCUUCAUCUCCUUCUUCAUCGCUCUGCGCAAGAUGUCCUACCACCCGGUGCCCAGCAUGCAGACAGGAGGGCUGUUCUGGUUCACUGACCUGACAGCAGCUGACCCCUACUUCAUCCUCCCUUUAGCAGUCACAGGCACCAUGUUCUUCAUACUGGAGUUGGGGGCAGAGUCUGGUAUAGACAACCCCAACAUGCGAGCCAUGAAGACUGUGUUCAGGAUCAUGCCCUUCAUCAUCCUGCCGCUCACCAUCAACUUCCCCACGGCGGUGUUCACCUACUGGAUGACCUCCAACUGCUUUUCCCUGGGCCAGGUGGCUCUGCUCAAACAUCCUCUCGUCAGGCAGAAGCUGCGGAUCCCAGAGAAGAUCAUCCACCCCCCAUCCUCCAUGCCCCCCCAAGACGGCCUCUUUGACGGCAUCAAGAAAGGCUGGAAGAACGCUCAGCUGGUCCACCAGCUGGAGGAGAGAGAGAAGAGGAUCAAGAACCACCUUCAACUGGCCGCCAAAGGUCCUUUAAGGCAGACGUUCAACCAUAACCCCCUCCAGCAGGUGGCGCCACCCAGACCAGCAGGAGCAGCACAGGCCAAGACUGCUGCCCAGUCAACCAGCGGCAAGAAGAGGCCAUGGGAAGAGACUAUUGGAUAAAGGAGAAUGUGUGAGAGCUUGGAAGGCCCAAUGAAAUGUGUGUAUAUAUUUAUUGAUGGAUAAGUCUGUGAAAUGGUUGGUUGGAAGAACAGAGUGGGGUCUUGAGUGUAUUAUUCAAAUUAAAGAGCACAUGUCUGUAGCUUCA